AGAGUGAUCGUGGCACGGCGGCACUCCAGAAACCGAUCCGAACCCUGCUCCAGAACCAACACGGGGGGCCAUUAUUAGCGCCGUGUUGUUAUUUACUCAUCAGGCUCUGUUAGAGGCAAGACCGAACAGGUCGCUGGAGGUAAAGAAAGAGGGAGCCUCGCCGGAAAAACUGGCUUCAGUUCAUCAAGCGAUGGUGAGACGUGAGUCACCGGAGCGGCACAAGUAGAUUGGGGGUGCUGAAACUCAACAGGCCAAAGAGGGAAAACUGCAUUCUGGCCGCGCGCACCAAGGCGCAAGGAGGAGGCGCCUCUUCGGCUUCCUCGAUGGAUACUUCCAGCCCGCUUCUGCCUCACAUGAGAAACGCUCUGCCGUGGACAGCAGCGAGCCGUGACGCCACGCUGUGAAAACAUGACGCACCGCAGCGCGCGGAGAGGCGCAGCAGGCGCCAGCGGCUCUGUUCCUGCGCACCGGGAGCGGAUUUCCCACGGGACAGCUGGUGGGACCAGAUGGAGGGUUUGGAGGAAGGAUAGACACAUUUCUUCUGUCAUGUCGGCAAAGGCCAAGGUUCUGCUGUGGGUGCUCAUCUCCUUGCUGCCUCUGGUGGAAGGAGCUCACAUGAGAGCUGCUGCUGCGGCGGCUGCUGCGGCUGGUGGUGGACUGGGAUCGGACCUGAACCCUGCUGCAGGCCUUCUGGAGGCUCAGGAGGGGAGACACUUUCCUGUCACGCUGCCAGAGGUGGUGGAAGACAAGGAGCAGGAGGAGGACAGCGAGCCUUACCCCACAUGGCACGCUCUAUAUGAGCCCUUUGUGACGGACGAGCUGGAUGACCAUCCUGGCUCCCGCUGGGCAGGGCGCAGCCCACGCUCCUCCGACCCCACAGCACCUCAGCCCAAGGGGUCACAGAAGAAGAAGAGACGGAGGAAGAAAGGAGAGGAUGAAGGAAAGGAGGCGGGAAACGCGGACAGAAGGGGGAAAGGUAAAAGCCGGCCCCCAAAACAGAGCAGCAGGGACUGCCGGGUGGAGAAGAAAGAGAUGAAGGUUCGGGACCUCGGACUGGGCUUUGAUUCGGACGAGAUCGUCCUCUUUAAGUUUUGUGUGGGCUCCUGCCAGAGCUCCAGGAUAAACUAUGAUCUGGCGCUGAACGCCCUGCUGGAAAACGGCUCCCUGCCACGCCGCGUCGCCCGGAAGGUGAGCAGGAACCCCUGCUGCCGGCCAGACCGCUACGAGCCGGUUUCCUUCAUGGACACCUCCACCACCUGGAGGACCAUAGAGUCACUUUCAGCUGCCAGCUGCAUGUGCAUCGGCUGAACGGACCUUCAGCACUGUGUGCAAAAAAAAAAAAGACCAGAGGGAGGCGCUGUCGCACAUGGGAAGUUACAGAGCAGCUGGACGAAAAAGGGCUUCAAUCAGACACUAAUGUGGAGCAGCAGCAGGGAAUGGACAGAAUGUUUUCACAUCCAUGUUGGACACGGGAUUCAGGAACCUGCGGGCCCCAGAACUCCCCCGAAAAUAACCUGAACAAAAACAAAAACUCCUAUCUAAACGUGUUCUGACUUUUUGUCGGAAGAGACCUGAGAUAAAAGAACAAAAAAAGCCUAGUCAAAGGACUGACACUGUGUUUAUACUGUAACUUUAACUAAACGCUUACUGCAAACGGUGAAACCAGCACUUCCCAAAAAAACCCCAAAAGUCUUUUUCUUCUCCCCAACCCCAC